GUCCUCUUCAAAUAACAUCCUAUGACUGAACACCGCAAUAAAGAGUUGUCCAUGUUUAUGUGAUCAAGUUCAAGGAUCUAUCAGGCUCACUUGAAUAAUAGUUACUUUUUCUUGGUUCACUCGCUUUGGUGUCUUCGCCCAGCUGCGCACUCCGAAUACCUAUUCAACCUUCCGAUUCCGGACUUUGUUGACUUACACGCCCCCGGUGACGACAUCCACUCACAACUCACCACUAUCACUUACACCACAACCAUAUAAUCAUGGCUUCAAUACUCGAGGCCCUCCAACCCCACCCAGAAGACCGUCUCCACCUCCGUCUUCACCGAGCCCGCUCCGUUAUUCUCACCAGUCAAGAACUAGUAGAAAUACGCGCCUCCCAACGAACCUUCGAAGGCGCCUACAUGCGCACCGCCCUGUCACAAUUCUCCUUUGCGCUGAUCAUCCUCAGGAUCUUCACCUCGGAAUUCUACCCCAUCGGCGCCCUUUUCGCCGUGCACGGAGCCGCGGUCAUGUUGGUGGCGAUAUAUCGGCGGUAUGAAGGGAAUCGACAGUUUUUUGAUCAGGAGGUUGAGGAGGACUUGGAGGAUGGGGAUGAGGGUGACCGAAUCGGAGUGGGGAGUGGGACUGGGACUGCUUAUGGUGGGCUGGGGACAACAGGGGGUGACGGCAAUGGGAUGGGGGUUGUUGGGAUGGGAGGGUCGGGAACGGGAGGACAGCGGCUGGAAAGGAGAAAGACGGUGGUAGUGGUCAAGAAAAAGUUUAGGACCAGCGCGAAUAGUGUGGCGUUGUUGACGGUGUUGAGUUUUGCCGCGUAUGUGGCGUUGAUGGUGUUGUUGUGGGAUUUGAGUCGGUAGGUUGGAUUAGGCUAUGAAUGUUGGAGAAGCUUUCGUUGGGAUCACUUGAUUUUUUCCUUGUGUCUCGCGAGCGAUAUCAAGCAAGUACAUAUAGCAUUUACAUGGCAACUCCCGUAUUAAGCAAGAGUC